AUUAAGGAGGGGGAGUGGGAUGGAAAGGACGUGACGUGACGUUGAGUGGCGGAAGGGGCGGGGACGAGCGGUUCGGCGCGGCGGGGGAGGAGGCCAUGGCGCUGCCCCCCUCCUGCUUCCAGUCCUGCCUGGAUUUCUGCCCCGAGUGCGGCUCCGUUCUGCCCCGUCCCGGCCCCCCCAGCACCGUGCGCUGCCCCCGCUGCGCCUUCACCCUGCACAGCGCCGAUUUUGAAGGGAAAAUCGUCCGCAGCACCGUGGAAUUCAACCGGUUGGAAGCAGGGGGGGGCAGGGGGGGCGACCCCGAGCCCCAUCUAGGGGGGCCCCUGGUGGAGCGCCGCUGCCCGCACUGUGGCCAUGAGGGGAUGGCGUACCACACGCGCCAGAUGCGCUCAGCGGACGAGGGCCAAACCGUCUUCUACACCUGCCCCCGCUGCCGGUUUCAGGAGAAGGAGGAUUCGUGAUGGGCGAUUUGCCCCCACCGGGAGUAUUUAUUUGCCCCCUCCCAGGCCCAGGGGCAUCGCCCUGACACCCCCCCACACACACAACUAUGGCGGAAGCGGCGGAGAGCGGCGGCUGCGGCACCGCCACCGUCACCGAGACCGGGGCCGCCGAGACG